AUGACCUACAAAGUUACCCUCGCGCAAUAUCUUUUCCUCAGACUGCAUCAGUUUGGAGUACGCAGUGUUCACGGUGUUCCUGGGGACUACAACUUAGUUGCCCUAGAUUAUGUCGAACAUUCAGGACUACACUGGGUUGGUAAUGCCAACGAACUCAAUGCUGGAUACGCAGCCGAUGGCUACGCGAGGAUCAAAGGUAUAUCAGCGUUGAUAACUGCAUUUGGAGUUGGAGAACUGUCUGCCCUAAAUGCCAUUGGUGGGGCAUAUGCAGAGAAGGCCCCCGUGGUUCAUAUUGUCGGAGUCCCGUCAACAGCAUCCCAGGAUCAAGGUCUUUUUCUACACCAUUCAUUUGGAGAUGGAAAUUUCCGCCUGAAUGCAGAGAUCUACGCUAAGUUCACUUGUGCUCAGGCAAAUCUGAGAAAUGUAGAUACUGCUCCUACCUUGAUCGACGAGACUCUGCGCCAAUGCUUGCUCCAAAGCAGGCCUGUCUAUAUUGAACUGCCCACGGACCUGGUCAAGGCCCGGAUUCCAGCUGCCAAGCUCGACCGACCAAUUUAUUUACCUGUUUCUCCGAAUAAUUUAGUUAUUGAGAAUGCUGCCAUCGAAGAUAUCCUCAAGCGAUUGUACGCUGCCAGACAGCCCUUCAUUAUUGUCGACGGGUUUGCCCCUCGGUAUGGAAUAAGCUCUAAAGCGGAUGAGCUCGUUCGUGUCACUGGAUUUCCAACUUCAACUACACCCUUUGGAAAAGGAAUCAUCAACGAGACAUAUCCCAACUUCCAUGACACCAACACCUACGGCUUCACUACAUUGACAAACCGCAACGUGACCAUCGAGGUGGACCAGAAAGGAGUCGAGGUUUAUGGAGCACUCUAUCGUGAUCUGAACAUCAAAACCCUCCUACGGAAACUGCUUGAUCGUUUGGAUACAUCAAGGCUGCCGCGACUAAGCCCGUACCCGGACCUUGGAGAUCCUAGAAAACUGCGCGAUGAGCUAGCAGAGCCUACGCGCGAUACACUGCGUAUUUCAACAUUCUUCCGCUCUGGCGACAUUGUCAUGACUGAGACCGGCACCUCAUCUUCCGGCGGAAGAGACUUCGUCUUGCCUCCACAAACAACAGUGAUCAAUUCCGCUCUCUGGCUUUCGAUCGGGUAUAUGCUUGGUGCAUGCAGCGGUGCAGCCCUGGCUCAGCGCGAGAUGAUAUCGGAAAAGAGCCGUCCGGAUGGUCGAACAAUUCUAUUUGAAGGCGACGGCAGUCUCCAGAUGAGUGUACAGGCUAUUGGGGAUAUCAUUCGCAACCGCCUGGAUGUAACUAUUUUUGUGAUUAACAACGAUGGAUACACUAUUGAACGCUAUAUAAACGGUAUGCACGCAGGAUAUAACUGGGUUCAGCCCUGGCGGUAUCUGGAGUCUGCGCGGUACUUCGGUGCUCCCGAGAAUGAUCCCGAGUACCCGGUGUUCAAUAAGCGAGUCGAAAACUGGGGCGAGUUGAUGGAUGUUAUGCAGGAUGAGCAGCUGAAAGCUGGAAAGGGCUUUAAUAUGGUGGAAGUUAUCAUGGACAAAGAAGACGCGCCAUCAUCAUUGAAGAAACUUGUGCGAAUGGCGGCGAAAAGAAAUGAGGGUGGUACUGAGACCCCACCGGUACAUCAACAGUUAGAGCAGAGAGUCAUGGCGACGUCGUGA